AAAUUGAAUCGUUUCUGCGUCAUGAUUGACGCACUUCCGCACGGCGCACUUCCUUAGCAGCGUGCUAGCUGCCGGACAGCUAGUGUGCUGCGUGCCGUACAUGUGAAUAGUAUCAGAUAUGACGAGCGGUCGGACGAGCGCGGUAGUAGUCGGGGUGUGUGGAGCCUUUUUCAUCGCAUACUGUAUUUAUUUUGACAGAAAGCGACGGAGUGACCCUCGCUUUAAGGAAAAGCUACGUGAACGUAGAAGCAAACAAAAUCAUUCUAGUGACAAGUCUGGACUGGCAAGGCUUCCUGACCUGAAGGAUGCAGAAGCUGUUCAGAAAUUCUUUCUGGAGGAAAUCCAGCAGGGAGAGGAGCUCCUGUCGCAAGGUGAUUUUGAGAAAGGUGUGGACCACCUGACUAAUGCAAUUGCAGUAUGUGGCCAACCUCAGCAGCUGCUUCAGGUGCUCCAGCAGACGCUGCCGCCUCCAGUCUUCCAAAUGCUGCUCACCAAACUGCCCUCCAUCAGCCAGCGAAUCAUCAACUCUCAGCCUUUAACUGAAGAUGACGUCGAAUGAUUGUGUGCGAAAUGGAAAUCUGCUAGCGUAUCAUCAGCUCUCUGCCUUUAACGAAGAUGAAGUCGAAUGACUGCGAUUGCAGAUGAGAUGGAAAUGGGAUGAAGUCUCAGGCACUGAUAUUUGUGCACGGUUUGGUACGUGGGACUGCAGUCGUGCGCCUAAUUAUGACAGGGCUCGACCUUUGGACAUCAGGUGAUUGACCCCCCUCUAUCAUGGCACUCCGAGGGUAAAGAACCUCAUCACGGUUACGUUUCUGGGAAAUGUUAAACGCAUUCCAUCUUUCUAAUUAUGUACCACCGGCUCAUGUUUUUCUAGCAAUAUUCAUUCCAUUAAUUUCCCUCAAAAGUAAUGAUGUGCUAUAUUUUGGGGGCUUUGCUGGUAUGUUAUGUACUAAAUAAAAAAACGGGGGGGUGUAAACGAUUCGUUACAUACUGCUGCGCAGUUGAUAUACAUGUGAAGUGUGUAAGAGUGCCUCCACUAUACUUGAACACUUCUCUGUGCACUUAAGUUUUCACAUUUGUUUUGUCAAAUUAUGUCAGUUAAAUGUUAUUUUUAUAUUCCAGUCUUUAUAUAUAUCUGGACAUAUUUUUGUGUGUAAAAUCCUACAAUAAACCAUGAAAACGCA